AUGGCGACAGGUCUAAAGCUCCAGCCUCAACAGAACGCACACGGUCGCCUCACACUUGACCUGAGUAACCGGGGUCUGACGUCCAUCCCGGAGGAGGUGUUUGACAUCACUGACCUGGAGAUUCUAGACGUGUCCAACAACAAACUCACCAGCAUCCCGGAAGCGAUCGACCGUCUGCAGAAACUUUACCACCUGUACAUUUAUGAUAAUCAGCUGACAGAGGUUCCACCAGAGGUUUGUUCUCUGUCCAACCUUGAGGUGUUGAGUAUCAAAAGCAACAAGCUUUCCACCUUACCUCCUGGUGUGGAAAAGCUGCAGAAAUUGAGAGAACUGUUCAUUCAAGAUAAUCAGCUGACAGAGGUUUCAGCAGGGGUUUGUUCUCUGUCCAACCUUGAGGUGUUGAAUGCCAAAAACAACAAUCUUUCCACCUUACCUCCGGGUGUGGAAAAGCUGCAGAAUUUGAGAGAACUGUACCUUCUAGGUAAUAAGCUGACAGAGGUUCCAGCAGGAGUUUGUUCUCUGUCCAACCUUGAGGUGUUAAGUGUCGGUCAGAACAAUAUCCAACAUCUCCCUGAUGACGUCAGACGACUCACCAGGCUGAAGACUCUCGGAGUCACAAACUGUAAGUUUAAAGAGUUCCCCAGUCAAGUGCUGCAGCUGAAGACACUGGAGAAACUGUAUGCUGAUGACUGCAAGUUCAACACUGUCCCAGAUGAAUGGGGAGAAUUACAAAACCUGUGGCUCUUGUCAUUGGAACAUAACCUCCUCGGAACCCUGCCGAGCACCAUGAGUCAACUGCACAAGCUACGGGAGGUCUACCUAAGGAACAACAAGUACGACACAUUCCCAGAAGUCCUGUGUGAACUACCUGCCAUGGAGAAACUGGACAUAAGGAACAACAACAUCACCAGGCUCCCAACCGCCCUUCACCGAGCAGACAAGCUGCGUCCGGAGGGCUUGGGUGUUUCUGACAACCCCCUGACAUACCCUCCAAGGGAUGUAUGUGAAAAAGGGACCGUUGACAUCAUGGACUUCCUGAAACUGGAAGUUGAGAAAAAAGCUCGGAUCCUCUCGUACGCGUCUUUCAAGCAUCUGUCCCAGAAGUUUAAGCAACCCCAGUGGAGACCGUUUGCCAGCAGGCUAGGGCUGAGCACCUCAGAGAUAAAUGAAAUCAGGACUUCCGCCCCAGACGACGUUCCUGACCAGGUGUACCAGACCCUGGUGCAUUGGAAACUGAAGGCAGGUGAGGCGGCCACACUUUCCGCCUUGGAGCAGCACCUGAUAGAACUGGGCUUUGACCAGCUGGCAGAGCUGCUGGAACAGACACCCAGGGUGGGUACUUAA